CCGACCUUCCAGUUACUUCGUUCUGUUGCCGUGUAUCGUGAUGGUGUGCUUCAUUUGUGCUCCACAAACUUUUAAUCUUUCGAUAAUUGCGGGUGACUCUGAUCUGGUGAUCGAGAAUCUAUCGACUAACAUUACUAUCACGAUUUCUCUUAUGAAGACUAUGGCUGUGUGGAUGAAAGGCAAACACAUUCAUUUAUCUUAUUCUAAUUGUUACACAAAAAGAUCCAUCAAGACGUAUUCUAUUAGCCAUAUUCUUCUGUUGCAAGCAUUAAAGUCUUUGCUGAGAUGCAUGGCGAAUGACUGGGAUACAGUGACGAACAAUGCCGACCGAGAAAAGAUGGUGAACAUCGCGAGGAUCACUAAAAAGAUUACGAUAAGAAGCAUACUGCUGGCCAACAUCGUAAUUGUAGCUUUUUUACCCGCUCGAUUGUCUAGCAUGCUAUACAACGACAAAGAACUGUUUUACCGUGGUUAUUACCCCUACAAUACUACGAUCAGUCCAAAUUUCGAAUUGACACUAAUCGGUCAAUUGAUGGCUGCUCUUUAUGCAGCCAUAACCUAUACAACGGUAGAUACUUUUGUCGUCUUGUUGAUUUUUCAUGCCUGUGGACAACUUUCGAUUCUGAGAGACGAUCUAAGGAAGAUUCAUUCGUAUCAUAACAAAAAUGUAGAAAUAAAAUUACAGCAGAUCGUGCAAAAGCAUGUAUAUAUUAAUAGGUUCGCGGAAACGAUAGAGAAAUCUUUCAACAUGAUGCUUCUGUUUCAAAUGCUCGGUUGCACCACUCAGCUAUGUUCUCAGACUUAUCAAGUUCUUAUGUCACUUGGAGAGGAAGCAAUAGAACAUAUGAUUUUGCAAAUUACGUUCCUGUUGAUAUACGUAAUUUACGUGAUGUUGCAAUUGCUCUUAUAUUGUUACAUGGGAGAAAAGCUAACUGUCGAGAGUACAGAAAUUGCCAACACUGCGUACAAUGCCGAAUGGUACAAUUUACCUCCCAAGAAUGCAAGAUGGCUUGUAAUUAUCAUGUGCCGUGCCAGGUCUUCACCCUUACAAAUUACAGCUGGCAGAUUUUGUUGCUUUACUUUAGUGCUAUACUCUCAGGUCUUAAAAACCUCGAUGGGGUAUGUAUCCGUUCUACUCGCAAUGAAAAAUAAAUAAUGUACUUCUGCAAAUUUUACAACUGUCUAUCAACUUGAUAAAAGAAGA